GGAGAUCUGGGUCCUUUCAAUCCUGGCUUGCCAGUGGAUGUGCCAGUCUGGUUGGCCAUUAACCUGAAGCAGAGGCAGAAGUGUCGGCUGAUUCCUCCGGAGUGGAUGGAUGUUGAAAAACUGGAGGAAAUCCGGGACCAGGAACGCAAAGAGGACAUCUUCACUCCGAUGCCCAGCCCCUAUUACAUGGAGCUCACAAAGCUGCUGUUAAACAUCGCCUCAGACAACAUCCCCAAAGCCGACGAGAUCCGCACGCUGGUGAAGGAUACGUGGGACACGCGGGUGGCCAAGCUGCGGCUCUCUGCGGACAGCUUCGUCAGGCAGCAGGAGGUUCACGCCAAGCUGGAUAACCUAACCCUGAUGGAGAUCAACACGACGGGGACUUUCCUUACUCAAGCCUUAGACCACAUGUAUAAGCUCCAGACUAACCUGCGGCCUGGCGAGAGCGCCCACUCCCAGGAUUUCUGA